AUGCCGAUAAAUGUAACCAGUUUGGGCGUCGUCGACGGCAGAAAGGCAGCCACAAGAUCAAUCCAACACCAACCACCAGGAACACGACUGUUUCGGGAUGUGGCUGAUUCCCGGGAGUCCAAAAACCUUGCUCCAUGCAGAUCACAGUUUGCAGUCGGGGACAAAACAACAGCGAAAAGAUUAGACUGGAUAUGGGGAAAUUGA